AUGUGGUUCCUGUGAGCGGUAAGUUUUGCCGCUUUUGCUUCAACGGUGCGUUCUUGGCGAACUUUCACCGACUGCUGGUACUGCUGCUGCUUAUGUUUCCCACCUGUAAAUUGCGGUGAACGUUCUGGCUGAAAUGGAGUCGGAGGUAGCCUCCCUACGCGCUGAACUGGAAGCAAAAGACGCUGAAAUACAGAGACUUCGCCGGGCAUUGUCGUGCGAACAGGCUCUUGCGGGUGUGAUUGACGCAGCUUUGAACAAGGACGAUGUGUCGCGUUACAGCAGGCAGAUGUUGCUGCCCGGAUUUGGCGUCCAAGGGCAGAAAGCGCUGAAGUCUGCGUCCGUGCUAAUCGUCGGCGCUGGUGGUUUGGGAUGUCCAUGUGCGGCGUACUUGGCUGCUGCAGGUGUUGGUAAAAUAGGAAUUGUGGAUUUCGACGUCGUGGAAAAAAGCAACCUCCACCGACAGAUCUUGCACUCUGAGGCCAAGGUGGGCCUGUCCAAAGUAGAUUCUCUGGUGAUUGCUCUGAGGGAGUUGAACUCUCAGCCAGAGUACGUCCGACACUCGGCAGUCCUUGAAAGCUCCAAUGCCUUGGACAUCAUUGGCAGGUACCAGGUUGUGGUGGAUGCCAGUGACAACGCAGCCACCCGGUACCUGGUCAAUGAUGCGUGCGUACACCUGGGCCUCCCACUGGUGUCGGGCAGUGCUCUGCGCUGGGAGGGACAGCUGACGGUGUAUGGGUACCGUGGCGGUCCCUGUUAUCGAUGUCUCUUCCCACAGCCACCGCCCACGUCCACCGUUACCAAUUGCUCGGAGGGAGGCGUCAUAGGCAUGGUUCCUGGUGUUAUCGGCUGUAUGCAGGCUCUUGAAGUGGUGAAAAUUCUUACUGGACACGGAGAUGUCUGCUCCGGAAAGCUGCUCCUGUACGACGGCGCGGACGCCAGGUGGCGACAGGUGGCACUCAGGGGAAAGCUGCCCAACUGCGACGCCUGUGCCGACCCAUCGAAGGCUCCUGCAGUGCGAGACUAUGCUGCUUGGUGCGGCAUAGGUCCCACCAACAAGUGUAGUGGACUCAAUGUGCUACCCAAGGAGCUACGGAUCUCAUGCCAGGAUCUGAGGGAGCGACUUUUGCGCAAGGAGCCUGGCAGUCUCCUGCUCGAUGUUAGGCCUAAGUACGAGUUUGAGAUGUGCCACCUUCCUGGCAGCCUCAACAUUCCUCUUGAGCAGCUGGAUAAUGAGCUCGACUCAUUAAAUGAAAAACUGGCCAAAAAAACAGAAGUGGUUGUGAUCUGUCGGCGUGGCAACAACUCUCAGCUGGCAGUGGAAAAGUUGAGACAAGCGUGGAGCAAAAAGAUCAAGGUGUGUGACGUUAGAGGAGGCCUUGAGUCCUGGGCCAGAACCGUGGAUCCAGAAUUCCCCACGUACUGA